AUGGACAAACGACAAAGACAAGAUUUUGAAAAUCCUCAAUUAAUUAAUUCGGAAGAGAAAGCAAAAAAGGUUGCAAAAGUCCAACAAGAUGUAUUUUCAGAUGAUAUUUGUUUUGAAAUAAUUUCAAUGCUUGAUGAUUCGUGGUUUAUUUUAAAUACUUGUUCAUUAAUUUCAAAACAAUUCUUUAAGGUGAUCAAGGAACGUUCAAAACUUGCUAUUCAAUUUCAAAAGAAAUUUACAGAGAAACGAGUUAAAUUAUUCAUGAAAAGUCAAUUUAUGAAUAGUAUUGUUAAAGUUAAAUUUUCUAGUCGGUUGCUUCAAGCCAUAGAAACCCCCAAAUUGAUAAGUGCAAUGAAACAAUUAACAUCACUUAAUAUUUAUGACAAUGGAAUUGGUGAUGAAGAAAUCAAAUACAUCAGUGAAAUGAAACAAUUAACAUCACUUAAUAUUGGUUACAAUAGAGUUGGGGAUGAAGGAGCCAAAUAUUUAAGUGAAAUGAAACAAUUAACAUCGCUUAAUAUUGGUUACAAUAGAGUUGGUAUAGAAGGAGCCAAAUAUUUAAGUGAAAUGGAACAAUUAACAUCACUUAAUAUUGGUUACAGUAGAAUUGGUAUAGAAGGAGUCAAAUACAUCAGUGAAAUGAAACAAUUAACGUCACUUAAUAUUUCUAAAAAUGAAGUUAGCAAUGAAGGAGCCAAAUAUUUAAGUGAAAUGAAACAAUUGAGAUUACUUAAUAUUUAUCACAAUGAAAUUGGUGAUGAAGGAGUCAAAUAUUUAAGUGAAAUGAAACAAUUAACAUCACUUCAUAUUGGUUACAAUAGAAUUGGUCUAGAAGGAGUCAAAUUGAUAAGUGAAAUGGAACAAUUGACAUCACUUGAUAUUUCUGAAAAUGAAAUUAGUGAUGAAGGAGCAAAAUAUUUAAGUGAAAUGGAACAAUUAACAUCACUUAAUAUUGAUUACAGUAGAAUUGGUCUAGAAGGGGUCAAAUACAUCAGUGAAAUGAAGCAAUUAACAUCACUUACUAUUGCUUACAAUAGAAUUGGUAUAAAAGGAGCUAAAUUGAUAAGUGAAAUGAAACAAUUGAGAUUACUUGAUAUUUCUAACAAUGAAAUUAGUGAUGAAGGAGCCAAAUAUCUAAGUGAAAUGAAACAAUUGAUAUCACUUUAUAUUUCUGAAAUUGGAAUUGGUAUAAAAGGAGUCAAAUACAUCAGUGAAAUGAAACAAUUGAGAUUACUUGAUAUUACUCGCAAUAGAAUUGGAAAAGAAGGAGCUAAAUUGUUAAGUGAAAUGAAACAAUUGACACCACUCUGUUUGGAAUUGUAA